AUGGACUCCAAGCCCAUUGAGGUAGCAGCCCUAAGCAGGGCGCUGUAUCCUGGCAUGCUGUACGACUGUCGCAACGACUCCUUCAUCCCAGGUGUCACCCUCUGGGACACUGAAGCUAUAAAAAAAAACCUUGAUGUCCAUCAACAUCCAAGCUCAGAUUUCACAAUCUCAACCUCCAACUCCUUGAUGGUGAAGUCCAAUCUGCUGGACGUGAGUGCUUCACUGAAGGCCAGCUUCAUGGGGGGACUGAUAGAGGUGGAGGGGUCAGCGAAGUAUCUGAAGGAUGACGUCUCCUCUGCAAGGCAGUGCAGGGUCACUAUGAAAUGCAGCAAGACUGUUCGCUACGAGCAGCUGACCAUGAGCAACCUGGGUAAGAUUACCUACCCCUGGAUGCUUGAUAAGCAUACAGCCACUCACAUCAUCACAGCCGUGCUGUACGGGGCUCAAGCCUUCAUGGUUUUCGACCAGAUGGCUUCUACAGAAGAACAGAAGCAGGAGAUCCAGGGGACCCUGCAUAUGAUGGUCAAGAAGAUCCCUAUGUUCUCCAUCGAAGGGGAGGGAAAGGUGCAAUUGACAGAAGAGGAGAAGACGACUGCAGAUCGGUUCAGCUGCAGGUUCCACGGCGAUUUUGAUAUAAAACAGAAUCCCACCACUUACCUGGAAGCCAUCGAGGUGUAUAAAACACUACCAGGGUUGCUGGGGGAGAAGGGGGAAAAGGCUGUGCCUGUGAAAGUGUGGCUCUACCCUAUGAUGAAGCUGCACUCCAACGCUGCUCAGCUGUUGCGAGAGAUCAGCGUGGAUCUGGUCUCCCAGGUCGAGAAGGUGCUGGACUUGUUCAAAGAGGUCAACGUGAGAGCAAAUGACAUGAUCGGGUCCUGCCAGCUAUCCGGGGGGGGCGGAGAAAAGGAGCAGAAGCUGGUUGAUAUACUGAACACCCACAAUGAUUCUCAAUUCACCAGCAGCAAGAUGAAGAAGUGGCUGGACGAGAAGGAGAUUGAAAUGAACCUGUUGAGAUCCUACACUGAUAUGCUGAAAGACUUUCCCAUCAUGAACUCAAGAGUCAAACUUUUCAAAGUCCUCUUCGAUCCCAUGAUUGAGACUGUCGUCUGCUUCACCUUCACCUCUCUGCAAAACAAAGAGCCAUAUCUCUCUAACCUGACCCAGUGCCUCCAAUCUGAUGAUUUCAGGAAGCUGGAGAAGAAUUAUAGUUUUGUACCAAGUGCCCCUGAAGAGGAGACCCAGCCAUGGUACACCUCCCCUGAGCUCUCAAAGAAAAUUAGAGAUAUCAUUCGGCGGUUCUGCGUUAUUUCAGAGAAUCAUCAAACCGACAAUAAAUUCAGAUUCAUUGUGGCCUCGAUCUCAGACCCCUCUGAUCCCGGAGUCUCCAUUCGCACGUACCGCUGUGGGGAAAUUGGAUUUCCAAUCGAUGCUCCAACAUCCCAUGGUGACUGAAAAGUUUGGACCACACAAAGUGGAGGAGAGAGCAGUGAAGACAGCAGCUGAGACAGGCACAGAGCCAGGUCAGGAGAAGUGAACAGCCACGGACACACCUGACACAUCAGGGCUGCAGGCUGCUUGUGCAGCCAGUGCGGAGACUGAGCUUUUGCCUUUGUUUUUAUUUCAGUGUAACAAUCUG